AUGAAGUUAUUGACUACCCUCUUCCUUCUUGGUUCAUCAAAUGCACAUCGGUGGCAGAGUUCCGAUGCCUAUGGCUAUAUAGUUGGUGGCUCUCAUGAUCAUGUGGCAAGAGAUGUACGAGAAUUAGAUUGCUUUAGUUACAUGCGAACUACUGUUACCCCGUCAUACAUAGCUUCUGGUUUGGUCACAGUCACUACAGUGGUUCUCAACGAAAUCACAUAUACGGAAGCCAGCACAAAUAUAGCGUAUGUGACCGCCAGAGAUGUAAAACCACGAGACGUCGUUAUAGUCACUGUUACUGGAGACGAUGUUACACUCACAACCACGCUGGAAGCAAUCACAAGCACGACUACGGAAACCAUGCCGCCAUAUGCGACGAGUGCUUGUCCGAAUCAUAGCGCGUAUGUUGAAGCAUGUCGAAGUCACUGGAGCGUGGUGAUAGCUACUAUCACCAUCACAGCUUCUACUUCGUAUGUAACCGAGUACACUACUGUGAAUCUACUAGGAACCUCGUUUGAAGGCUCGAUCUCUACCCCCGCUUCGAACACCGUGGAAACUAUCAGUGUGAUUCCUUCCACUGAUGUUCAAGGACUAACAUCUAGUAGUAGCUUGAGCUCGAGCUCAACUGUAGGGGUUAACUCAACUUCUAUGAAUGUCAUUGCCUCAUCCCUUUCAUUCAGUAGCUUGUCAUCCGAAACACUUUCUUCCUCUCAAUCACCCGGAACUUCGAUCAAUUUAUCGACGAAUCCAUCGGCCACUACCAAUUUAAACACUGAAGUGCUGACGUCUACUACUACAAUUGCUCCCAGUACUUUUUCAUCCAGUCCUAUAUCUAGCGUUAGCAGUCUAUCAUCGGGAUCUUCUUCUCAAAUGACAGUCACCCUGAACUCACCCUCUAUUACAUUUGGUUCAGGUUCGACUUCAUCCCAAAGUACAUCCACGACUUCCUCAUCAAACUCUCUUACCUCAAGCACAGGAAGCUCCGUUCCCUCUUCCAUUAUAUUGCCUUCAACAUUUUCGACUAUCCCAUCUUCAAACUCUUUAGUUUCCAGUUUGAAAUUAUCUUAUACUACACCUUUAUCCUCAACUGGCACGGGAUUCUCAAUACCCUCUUCUAAUUUAGUCUCGGGAACGAUCUCGACCUCUCUAUCCUUAUCUUCACUGACUUCCACCACUUUAUCUACCAUUCCCUCUUCGACCACCUCUUCCACUUCGACAUCAAUACUAUCAUCAUAUUCAACCACCUCUUCCACUUCGACAUCAAUACUAUCAUCUUCUUCAACCACCUCUUCGACAUCCCUUUCAUCCACAUUCUCCACCAUUACAUCCCGACUCGUUACAAACAGCUCUCCCACCUCUACUUCCCUCCUCACCUCAUCCCCAUCUCCCAUUCCUCGACCCCCUGUCUCUCCCCUUAUCGCCACAUGUAACGCCCCAUCCGCCUGCCGUCAAAAUCAAUACUGUUCUUCAGACAACACCUGCUUAUGUCAACCGACCGUAAACGGCACAGGCUACUGCAUGGCCGAUACCCCCUGCGCAGCCCUCUCCUCCUGCGCCAUCGACUCCGAUUGCGGCAUCGGUUCCGCAUGCAUGAGAACUUGUUGUUCUACUAAUAAAUGUCUUUCGCUCCAGGGCUUAUGUCAGAAUCCUAAUACGGCGAUUGUUAUUUUUAAGAGGGGUGAGGAGGGGAGUAGUGGUCAUAAGAUGGUUGGAGAAAUAGGAGACGGGGAGGAAGAAGAAGAGUGGACUAACAGAGGACCAUGGAUUAAGAGAUUGGGGAAAAUUUGA